AUGUCUCUACACCCAUCCCUGAGUUGGGAGUUGAUUGACACCGUCUUUUAUCGUUCAAGGCCUUGCUAUGAGUCCCUCAACUGGCCCUUUGACAAUUUCAAUUUGAAAGAUUAUAUGGUAUCCAUAGGCCCAUUUGCCUCAAUCUAUGCGCUAUACCCAAAAUCGGCAGUCGUCAAUCUCCAAUUGACGGACGUCAAUGAUUGCAUAACGGUUUUAAAUGGUUCCGGUAUGGAGAUUUUCCGUAUUAAUUGGAACUUCACAUUGAAUCAAAUAGUUAAGGUGGGUUUUACCAGAGACUCCAAACUUAUAAUGGUGCUCAAAACCGGCAUUUGUAGGCUAUACUACAACUAUCAGGGCGAUUUCAACGAAUACGAUCUAAAAUUGGGUACCAUCAAAGAUGCUAGAUUUUCUCUAAAUGGAGACUUUGCUGUUCAAACUCAUUCAAACAAAUUUGCAUAUAUUCCAAAUAUUCAGGAUCCAUCACCCGUCAUCUUUCAGCAGUUAGAAACCGAAGAUGUGGAACCCUACCAUAUAACCACUUGGACGUUCACCGCCUCCAAAGGCCCCUCAGAAACGGCAGCAACCCAUGGAGAGUUUCAAGAUUCAGUCAGGUUCUUCAUCUUCACAACCACCGGCAUCUCAAUACUAACCUCCACAUCGACUGAACCUAUAUUGCUGAACCAUGCGUUUUUACAGUCUGUACACCUGGUCUCAAUCUCGCCGAACCAGAACUUUACUGCACUUUAUGCUGCAAACAGCAUUUACAUUCUAGAUGGUGAAUUCAACGAUUUGUUAAUACAGCAUGAAAAUGUAUCCAAUGUAUCGGAUCUUCGAUGGUGUUCUAAUGAUGUUGUCGUCUAUACAUGUAACAAUAGCCUGAAUGUUCUUGGUCCAACAUUAGAAACACUCAAGUUCUAUACUUCAGGUACUCCUUAUUUGCAUGCCGAAAUCGAUGGUUUGUAUUAUUUGACUAAUGACGGAUUGAAUUUUUUCUCUAGGGUCCCAAACAUAACGGAAGAGACUUUUAAAAUUGGAUCUUCGUCUCCUUCUUCAGUGCUACUUGAUUCUAUUGAAUACCUUGAUAGGCGUUCUCCAAAGGCCAACGAUUUACUCGAAGUUAUCAUGGAUGAUUUGGUUUUAGCAGUUGAUGGCUGUAUACGUGCAGCAAGCGAGGAGUUUGAUGUCUACUGGCAGAAAAACCUUCUACGUGCGGCUGCUUUCGGUAAAGUCAAUUUGGAUUUGUAUGAUUCCACUGAAUUUGUUCAAACCUGUAAUUACUUGAGAAUAUUGAAUAUAAUCAGAGCCCCUGAUAAAGGCAUAUUUAUGACUUAUAAUCAAUUGCAAGAAUUCGGUAUCGAAAAAUUGAUUGAUGUCUUAUUAUUACGUCAACUACACUAUUUAUGUCUGAAGAUCUGCGAUUUCCUGGAUUUACCAAAUUUCAAAAUCAUGACCGAUUGGGCAUCCUGUAAAUUGAAAUACUCAACAAACAGUUCAGAUCAUGAAUUGCUUUCCCUUAUAGUGACGAAAUUGGAAAAAGAAAAGAUAGACUGGACAAGUUUAUCUUAUGUUGCUCAUAAUGAAGGUAGAACCACAUUAGCUAAAAAUUUCUUAACUUAUGAACCUUCAACCUCGAAAAAAGUCCGCUUUUUAUUGGAUGUUGGAGAUGGCAAUUAUGAUGAGCUAGAAUACGCCUUGACUAUAUCGGAUGAAGAUUCCGAUGCUGAUUCAAUACUGCUAAUACUGCUCCAAUUACAUGGAACAUUGACAAAUGUUGAAUUUUUCAAAAUCAUAAAUGAUAAACCUUCGGCCAUAGGAGUACUGAAAAGCUACUUCUAUCAAUUUGACGAUACAAUGCUAGAAAAUUUUAUGUUUCAAGACGAUGAUAUAAUUGGACAGAUCCUUCUAGAGAAUAACAUGGCUAAGAAAACCGUUUUAAUGAAUAGAUCCAAAUAUACCCAAUUCCUACAGUCACCCACCAAUAAUUUCAAUAAGGUAGAACAAGUGCAACUUGAUCUGAGGAAUACCUUUGCUAAUAUAGUUGCAGGAGAACCUAUCAUUAAAACCCUAGAGAAGAUAAUAGUUGUUGACUUAAAGAAAGCCCAAAACGUGGCUAGCAAACUGAAUGUCACGUCAAGACAAUUUGCCAUGUGUGUUUUACAGACUCUUGCGCCAAUAGCCGCAAAACAUCCCGAGCUCUAUGACUUUGCUAAUUCAAAACAUGGCAAAGUCCUCAAGUUUGAAACAUACUUCCGGGAGCUGCUCAAAAGGGGAGAGAAAAGACAGGCCGGUUUGUAUUUGAAAUCAUGCAAGGAUAUGGCGUCUAGAGAGAAAAUAAAGGCAUAUGUACAAUGCGGAAUGUGGAAAGAAGCUGUCCAAGAAGCUGCGUACAGGAAAGAUACGGAUAUUCUAACACAAAUGAGAGAUUCGAGAACUGGUUGGGAAUCUAAACUUGCAUCUGAAGAGUUACAAAGACUGGCCUAA